UCGAUCUCAUCCACAUCUCAAAUCUCCAAAUCAAAAUUCGAAUAUUCCAAUUUCACAGCUUCUAAAUACUUUCCCUAUGCCAAGAUUUUCAAACCCUAACAUACGAAUUUGGCAGGUGAUAUAUCUAAAGCAUCGUCAAACCAAACAAUUAUCGUCUUCCCCGUCUCCGGGAGUGUCAAGUUUACGGGAACAAGGGCUUUCGCUUCAAUUCUAAUCGGUGAAAUUGGAAUUAUCGAUCAAUUCGUCAUGAAGUUCUUGGAGUGCGCCGCUUUAGAUAGGCUUAAUGAUUUUUUGGAUAAUUUGAACAUGGGGGAACGUACUAUCAAAGGAUGCCUUGAAGCUUAUAGUUGCAAACAUGCUGGAACGGAUAAAAAACUCUCCAUCAGUUUGGAGACCGAGAUACUUGAUUAUCUUGGGAAAUCAUCUGACACUGAUUCAUCCUCUCCGGAUCAAACCUUAUUAACCAGAACCAGCCGAAAGACAUUGGUUUACCUGGUUCUUACUCUGUAUCACAUAUAUCCCGAUUAUGAUUUCAGUGCAGUUAAAGCUCACCAGUUUUUCUCAGAAGAAUCAUGGGACAGUUUUAAGCAGAUUUUUGAUACCUACAUGUGUGAAGCUUCAAAGGAAUGGGCUGAAACUCUUGGUGGUACUUCUUUGCUGGACACCUUGUUCAAGGCCCUUGAUGAGGUGGUGAAGUUAGCGGAUUGUGAAAUUUAUGGCUACGUCCCUGAUUCUGAGGCAGACCCAUUACAAGAGAGUGGAGCAAUAUGGUCCUUCAAUUUCUUAUUUUACAAUAGAAAGCUUAAGCGGAUAGUAACAUUUCGAUUCAGUUGUUUUAGUAACCUGAUUGCUGACGGAUUGCUUGUUGAUGAAAUGCACAACGAGUACGAUGAAGAAAUAUUUACUGACAUGGAUAUAUGAGUCACUUCUACCUGUAUCAGUUAGCAUAUGAAGACCUCUGAUCCUCCCAUGUUUAGUUCUGUAAUAUAUGAUGGUUUCAGAUGUGUAAUUCUGUAAAUCGAAAAUUGUAUCUUUGGAGCUUGAGUCGUAGAUAUCACAUAUGUAUAUCUUUUCGUAUGCAUAUAGUAGAUUUAACAUCUGUAUCUUCCUCCAGUGCACACAUUGUAGGUUCAGAUCUGUAUCACCCUCCACUGUUAGGACACACCCCUGGUGUAAUACUAGCAAAAACACUCUUAUUUGAAAUUGAAACAAACUGUCUUUUUUGACAUUAGUCUACAUUCCUCUGAA